AUGUCGAAGGGUCCAGCAGUUGGUAUUGACUUGGGAACAACCUUCUCUUGUGUGGGUGUAUUUCAGCACGGCAAGGUUGAAAUCAUAGCGAAUGACCAAGGCAACCGCACUACACCCAGCUACGUGGCCUUCACGGACACGGAGCGCCUGAUCGGUGAUGCGGCGAAGAAUCAAGUUGCCAUGAAUCCGUCGAACACGGUGUUUGACGCGAAGCGUCUGAUCGGUCGUCGCUUUGACGAUAGGACGGUGCAGGAGGACGCAAAGCAUUGGCCCUUCAAAGUGAUCAACUCUGGCGGGAAGCCAAUGAUAGAGGUGGAGUAUCGUGGUGAGACGAAGCGCUUCAGCGCUGAGGAGAUCUCCUCCAUGGUGCUGACGAAGAUGAAGGAGACUGCUGAGGCGUACUUGGGCAAGAAGGUGAGUGAUGCCGUUGUCACCGUGCCCGCGUACUUCAAUGACAGUCAACGUCAGGCGACUAAAGACGCCGGUGUCAUCGCUGGGUUGAACGUGAUGCGUAUCAUCAACGAGCCGACGGCAGCGGCUAUCGCGUAUGGCCUGGACAAGAAAGUGGAGAAGGAGCGCAACGUGCUUAUUUUCGAUCUGGGUGGUGGUACAUUCGAUGUGUCCAUUCUAUCCAUUGAAGAUGGUAUCUUUGAGGUGAAGUCGACUGCCGGUGACACGCACUUGGGUGGUGAGGACUUUGAUUCGCGACUGGUGAGCCAUUUCGUGCAGGAGUUUAAGCGGAAGAACAAGGGCAAGGAUUUGACGUCGAACAAGAGGGCGAUUCGUCGUUUGAGGACAGCUUGCGAGAGGGCAAAGAGAACGCUUAGUUCGAGUGCUCAGGCGAACAUAGAGAUUGACUCGCUGAUGGACGGCGUGGAUUUCUACACGUCAAUCACGCGUGCCCGUUUCGAGGAGUUGUGUGCUGACUUGUUCCGUAGCACCUUGGACCCCGUGGAGAAGGCGUUGCGUGAUGCGAAAUUGGACAAGGGUGCUGUGCAUGAGAUUGUCCUGGUGGGUGGUUCGACGCGUAUACCGAAGGUGCAGAAGUUGCUGCAGGACUUUUUCAAUGGGCGUGAAUUGAACAAGUCCAUCAAUCCGGAUGAAGCUGUGGCGUAUGGUGCAGCGGUUCAGGCUGCCAUACUGAGCGGUGACAAGUCGGAGGCGGUGCAGGACCUGUUGCUGCUGGAUGUGGCUCCGCUGUCGUUGGGUCUGGAGACGGCGGGUGGCGUGAUGACGGCUCUAAUCAAGCGCAACACGACAAUUCCGACGAAGCAGACGCAAACCUUCACCACGUACUCGGACAACCAGCCGGGUGUGCUGAUCCAGGUUUACGAGGGUGAGCGUGCGAUGACCCGUGACAACAAUUUGCUGGGCAAGUUUGAGCUCUCGGGCAUUCCGCCUGCCCCUCGUGGUGUGCCUCAGAUAGAGGUGACCUUCGAUAUUGAUGCCAACGGUAUCCUCAACGUGUCGGCCGUGGACAAGUCGACUGGGAAGCAGAAUAAGAUAACCAUUACGAACGAUAAGGGUCGUCUGUCGAAGGAGGAGAUUGAGCGCAUGGUGAACGAUGCCGAGAAGUACAAGCAGGAGGACGAUAAGCAGCGUGAUCGUGUGUCGGCAAAGAAUGCUCUGGAGAGCUACGCGUUCACGAUGAAGUCGACGGUGGAGGACGAGAAGGUGAAGGAGAAGAUAGCGGAGGGCGAUCGCAAGAAGAUCUCGGAGAAGUGUGAGGAGACGAUAAAGUGGCUGGACGCGAAUCAGCAAGCCGACAAGGAGGAGUACGAGCAUCGGCAGAAGGAGCUUGAGAGCGUGUGCAAUCCGAUAAUCACGGAGAUGUACCAGGAGGCCGGUGGGGCAGGUGGUAUGCCGGGAGGCAUGCCAGGUGGAAUGCCGGGUGGCGGUAGUGGUAUGGGCGGUGACGCGGGCUCUGGCAACCGCGGUCCGACCAUUGAGGAGGUGGACUAG